GCAUGUUUGGCCAAUGAUGGAGCAAUAAACAAUAGCGUAUGGCCAAAGUAUUCACAUGAACUAAAGAUAUAUAAUAAUGGGAUUUCAUUUAGGUGGUUCAGCAGAGGGGAAAAUCAAGAACUGAUUGAAUCUGAGGAAGCUGAAAAUUGAAUCAGGACUAGAUGGAUUGCUAUAUGGGCCAGGAAGAAACCAUCUUUUUGUCCCGGGGCCAGUCAACAUCCCUGAACCGGUCACUCAGGUGAUGAACUGAAACAAUGAGGAUUACCGUUCUCCUGCAAUUCCAGAACUCAUAAAAAAUUUGAUUGAGGAUGUGAAGAACAUUUUCACGACUAUUUCUGGAACUCCAUUUCUUAUCCCCACAACUAGUAAUUUUUACAGAUGGACAGGCCAAAUUUUACUGCUAACCUAAAACCAUGAUCAUUAGCCUUUCACACUCAGUUUACUGAAAAGAUUGUCUUACCCUCUUGGAACUUUGAUGUGAGCAAUGCAUGUCUAUGAACAAAAUCUAGCUAUUGUACGAGAAUACUAUGUUUAUCCAGUGUGUCCUAUAACAAUCUCUUCUUGAAUGGCUUGGUCUUCUUUUGAUGUGGGUACGGGUGCAUGGGAGAGUGCACUGACAAACACAGAGUCUCCGGGAGAUCGGAUUGUAUCUUUUCUGAUUGGCCAAUUCGGUUUGCUUUGGAUUGAUCAGCAGAAACGUCUUAACUUCAAUGUUGAUGUCGUUGAAAGUGAAUGGGGACAAGGUGCCAACCUUGACAUUCUGGAAUCAAAACUUGCUUCUGAUAGAGCACACACCAUAAAGGCAAUUUGCAUUGUUCACAAUGAGACAGCAACUGGAGUCACUAAUAACCUCGUCAAAGUGAGGAGCCACCUUGGUGAGCAUUCCAUCUAUUUCUCUUCUCUCUUCUUCAAUGAUAGAGGUCACAAUUAUAAUGAGGCAUUGCUUAAAAACUUAAGUUUUUGAGUUGAGAAAAUCUGCCACAAAAAUCAAGUUAUUUUUGUUAUAGAAACUGUAAUAGAGCCUGAAAGAAGUUCCACUAUCCCUUGUUAAGUUUGUGUUAUUUUAAU